AGUCUUGUCAUGAACCGAUUUCAAGAAGUAUGGCCCAUAGUUUUGCUUUUAGCCUCAUUGAUAUCGAAUGAUAUUAAUUGAUUGAUUUCUUAUUUUUUUUUUUUUUUUUUUAGGUAUGAUUGCGUCAUUAAUGACGUCGAGCGUUUGCCAGGCUGCAUCUACGUGCCCAACUGGGUAUCGUCUCUCAGCAUCCGGGGAUUGUCAAGAUAUUAAUGAAUGUUUAGAAGGAGGACGACCUCAAUGUGGGCAGCUAUGCACCAACACGUUAGGUUCAUUUCAAUGUUCCUGUCUGGCAGGAUACACGAUAGAGACCGACAGAUGGUCAUGUUUUGUACAAGAUCCCAAACCCUCCAUCAUGUUCAGCCAUGGUCGAGCCAUCUCCAAGAUGAACGAAGGAGGAACGAAUCUCUUACCCAUCCUUCAAGAUGUCGGGACGGUUCACUCCUUUGAUUAUAACAUCAUGCAUGGUAGAAUCUAUUGGAUUGAUACAACGAGGAACGUGAUUGGCUGGUCGGGAUUGGACGGCAAAAAUAGCGAGAUAAUUAUUUCUAGGGACGUUGGUCGACUGGAGAGUAUAGCAGUAGAUUGGAUUUCACUUCGGAUUUACUGGUCGGACUCGUUAUUCAAUCAAAUUGAAAGCAGCAAUAUCUACGGAACAGAUAGAAAGGUUGUCAUUCAGACUGGUACUCGGACACCAUCGGCUAUUGUUCUGGAUCCAGUGGAAGGGUAUAUUUUCAUGAGUACAACGGGGCGUCGACAGAGAAUCCAAAGAGCAACGAUGGACGGUUCCGGUCAGACCUCGAUCGUCAAGACUGGACUGGAAGAUAUCAAAAGUCUCGUUAUCGACUAUGUAGACAGGCGCCUAUUCUGGUUGGACAAUGGAACUAGGAUGAUUGAGUCGAGUUACUACGACGGAAGUGAACGAGAGACUGUCAGAUCUGGAAUGAAUUCGGACUGCUACGGGCUGUCCCUGUUUGUUGAUCACAUCUACUGGACGAGGCUGACCGAUCAGACCAUCAGUCGAGCCAACAAGUACACCGGACAUGACAUGGUCAUAAUCACAACGACCUACCUGGAUUCGAACCCCCGGAGUAUUCACGUAGUGCAUCCGUACAGGCAACCACCUAUCAGUCCAACAGCUCGCCUCAACUGUACCACCCACGGAGAUUGCCGCAUCGACAUCGCAGAAGAGACUCUGCCCGAACCCAAACCCUUCCUCAUCUUCACCAAUCAACACAACAUCCAACGCAUCAACUUUGACGGCACGGACUACAUGCAGGUGGCCAACAGCGACAUGAUGAACCUCACGGCCCUCGACUACAGCCCGUCCGAGGAGAUGAUUUAUUUUGUGGAUGGGGGGAGGAGGGUCAUCGAGAGGGUCGGAAUCGACGGGAGGAAUCGGAAGGUCAUCCUGUCCGGACUGGGGAUCGUAAAUGGGAUUGCCCUCGAUUGGCUUCGCGGGAGACUAUACUGGACAGAUUCAGAGCGAAGGCACAUAGCGACUUGUAGUGUAUAUUCCUGCGAGCCAGAGGUCAUCGUCGAUACUGGCUUAAGAAACCCAACUGGUAUCGCUGUCCAUCCUUCAUUGAAUUUGAUCUACUGGACUGAUAUGGGCGCACCGGGCAAGAUCGAGGCAAUACGCCAUGAUGGCAGACACCGAGUAACCAUAGCAACGGAUAACAUAACCACGCCAAUCAGCAUCACCAUUGAUUAUAAGAACCAGCGAUUGCUCUGGAUCGAUUCAACAAGACAGGUGGUUGAAACAUCUAAACUAGACGGAACAGAACGUCGUGUAAUUACCGACACCCAUCUCGGUCAUCCUCACGGCAUCUCGGAGUUCCAGGAGUACGUCUGGUUCACAGAAUGGAACGAGGAUAUGAUUGUUAGGGUCAAUAAGGCGACGGGUGAAAUACGCGUCCGCCUAAGAGGGAGCAUGACUCGACCGACGGGGGUACAAGUAGUCCACCCUAGUAGGAGGGAAAUUUCAAGUAUCAACCCAUGUUCCGUAUUCAACGGAGGCUGUGAGCAAAUAUGCAUUCAGGCUCACGUUAAUCAAGUUGUGUGCUCUUGCAAUAGCGGCCACUGGCUACGCUCUGAUGGAACCACAUGCAAUCAAGACGAGUGCUGGACCAGGCAACAUAACUGCAGCGUCAACGCACUCUGUGAGGACGCGGAUCCAGGAUUUGUCUGCCGUUGCAAACCGGGAUUUAAAGGGGAUGGACAUACUUGCAUAGCACCGACCACACCCAGAUCAGAGUUGAUAGCCCCGCCCCACAUCUCCUACCCCUACAUACCCCCUAGCACCACGACAUCUGCAACCAGGAUGCUGAGUUUCUCGGAAGCCACUCACAGCGCCACCCGUCAUAGGGGUGGUGCCCCCCUGACGACACUGCGUAGCACCACAGUAGCAAAGUCCACCCUACCUCCAAAAGGUGGUAUACCCGGGGGUGUACCUCUGCCAGGUUCCCCCGGGGGUGUGCCCCUGCCAGGUUCCGCCGGGGGGAACCCAACCUAUAAAGGUGACGGCGGCGGUGGUGGACAACAGCCUGGCCUAGGUGCAGAAGGUACCGUCUCUAUGGUAACCGGUACGCGACAUCCCGAUGAUGUUUUGGCGAUCACAACCAGGUCGGGUCAUUUUGGGGAGUGCGGACCGGAAUAUCGUUACUUUUGUGUCAACGGUGGGAAGUGCACUUGGUUACGAUAUAUAGAGAAACCAGCAUGCAGUUGUCCAAGUGGCUAUGCGGGCGAGCGCUGUAUGUACGUAGAGCCAAACAUACCAGCUAAUGGUUUGAGUGGGGCGAUGGUGGCUGCCAUAUCAGUUGGAAUACUCGUCCCAAUCUUUCUUGUUAUUGUCGGCAUCGCCUGUAUCGUCCACCGGAGAAAAUCCAUGAUGCCUAAAACUGUAGACACAGAGAUCAGUUUGCAGUCUCUUGAUAGGCUGCAAAGCAGACCGAGGUGUGACGAACCCCAGAGCAAUACCUGUGACAGACCAACAACCCCACCCUCACCGGUGUCAACCACGAAGCUGAUAUCCCCUGAAAGACCGCUGCCUACGGCAUCCUCCACCUUGCCUCUCUACUACUCCUGCAAGAGGAAAGCCCCCAGUGUGCCCUCUGACACCGAACGCUACAUGGAACCCGCCCAUAUCCCCACCUUGAGGCGUACCGGGAUGUCAGGGUACCAGACCCCGAGGAAAGGAGCGCCGGCCAUCAUGCCCAAGCCACAGUUCAAACUAGCAGGGGGCGUGGCCGCUCACGCCCUCAUGCACCGGAAGUUAUCCAUCGAGCAGGAGAAACUGGAACAGGAUUACGCCGACAUUGACGCCGAUCUGAGGUCCCAGAGUCAGUACGAUUUGUUGGUCAGAUCACAGGGUCUCCGGCCGGACAACUUGUACGUGAAUACUCCCAAACUCAUACCAAAGAUGUCCAAGUGAGAGGGCAACUGUUGAAAUCAUGCUGCAGGAGCGGUGUCCUCGGGGGAAUCUGUCCUAACAUGGGCUGGAGGAAAAGGAUUUGAAAGAGGGCGCUAUUAGUUUGUUCCGAGUUUGCCAUAUGGAGGGACAGGGGGACAGAAUCUCCUGCCACACCGGCUUUGGAAGAGCCAGCACUAUCCUGUAAAAAGUCUUCCCUUCUUUUGUAAACCCUUACUACUCCUUCAUGAAAUUUUGGGGUGAAAAUGAAGAGGGCUUUCGAGAGAAAACUAAUGGUUUCAAAUUACCAUUUUUACUAAACCCAUAAACUAUACACUCACUCACUUGAGCCCGGUUUAUACUUCCUGCGAAUGCAAAUGCGAAUGCGAAUACAAAUGUUGACGUCACAAAUUCGCAACGAAUA